GCUUACAAACUGGGCCAGAAAAGUAUACAAAAACCUAGCUAGGGUUUCUCUCUCUUUCUCUCGUUCAUCUCACUCGACAACAGUGUAGCUGCUCCGCCGAGACCCACUUCCGGUCACUACCAUCUCAAUACUACAACAUGGCAAGAGGAUUGAAGAAGCAUUUGAAGAGGCUCAAUGCCCCAAAGCAUUGGAUGCUUGACAAGCUCGGUGGAGCAUUUGCCCCCAAGCCAUCAUCUGGGCCACACAAGUCAAGGGAGUGUUUGCCCUUGAUUCUUAUCCUCCGAAACAAGCUCAAGUAUGCGCUGACAUAUCGUGAGGUCCAAUCCAUUCUUAUGCAGCGACAUGUUCUUGUUGAUGGAAAGGUCAGGACAGAUAAGACCUACCCUGCUGGCUUCAUGGAUGUUGUGUCAAUCCCAAAAACCAAUGAGAAUUUCCGCCUUCUUUAUGAUACCAAGGGCCGAUUUCGCCUACAUUCAUUGAGAGAUGAAGAAUCUAAGUUUAAGCUCUGCAAAGUCCGAUCUGUGCAAUUUGGACAGAAAGGGAUUCCAUACAUUAACACCUAUGAUGGGCGAACAAUUCGAUACCCGGACCCCCUUAUCAAGGCUAAUGACACCAUCAAGCUGGAUCUGGAAUCCAACAAGAUUGCUGACUUCAUCAAGUUUGAUGUUGGUAAUGUUGUCAUGGUGACAGGUGGAAGGAACACUGGGCGUGUUGGAAUUCUCAAGAACAGGGAAAAACAUAAGGGAAGCUUUGAGACAGUUCAUAUCCAGGAUAGCCUUGGCCAUGAGUUUGCUACUCGGCUGAGUAAUGUGUUCACAAUCGGUAAAGGUUCAAAACCUUGGGUCUCUCUACCUAAGGGAAAAGGUAUUAAGCUGACCAUUAUCGAAGAGGCGCGUAAGAGACAAGCUGCCCAGGCUGCAGCCACUGUUUAGUGCAUUUCUUAAUUAACCAGGCUAGAAAGAGGACUUCUGGCUUGUGGCUUGUUUACUUUGUUUUUAAUCAUGAAAUCUAGAGUUAUAUUGGUCUUGCUUAGAUGGAACUUAAUUGUGCUUCAGUGAUAUGCCUUUAGCAGUUUAAAUUGAGUUUUUAAAUGUCCUGUAUUUUGGUUACUGACUUUGUGCGGAUUUUAAUUUCUGGCUGUUAUCUUAAGGUAAUCCUAUGAAUUUAUUAAUA